CAGAGGAUUGAGGCACAAAGGUGGAAGACCCCUCAACACUGGAGCAGCUCUCCAGUACUUGAGGGAUAAUGUCUUCACGGCCUCUGCUGGAAGCAGGCUCCAGGAAGGAGUCCCACAGGUCCUAGUUUUGAUAAGUGGUGGAAGGUCUUUUGACAGUGUUGAUGCACCAGCCUCUGCUCUCAAAGAGCUGGGUGUCUUGACCUUUGCAAUUGGAACCAGGAGUGCUGAUAGCAAAGAACUGCAGAAGAUAUCCCACGACCCCAGCUAUGCACUAACUGUGUCUGAAUUCACUGACCUUCCCAAUGUCCAACAACAACUUCAGUCCUCCGUGGAGGCUGUGGUUAUCGAGGUCUCCCCAGAAUCACCACCUGUUCCUGUCGAUACUGCCAAAAAGGAUAUCGUUUUCCUCCUGGAUGGUUCUGAUGGCACACGGAAUGGCUUCCCUGCCAUGCUUGAUUUUGUUAAGAGAGUGGUGGAGAAAUUGAAUGUAGGACCUAACAAUGACCGUGUCUCUGUGGUCCAAUACAGCAGAGAUGCAGAGAUCCAUUUCUAUCUGAACACAUACACCACAAGACAGGAUAUUUUGGAUACAGUCAGAGGGCUGAGACAUAGAGGAGGCAGACCCCUCAACACCGGGGCGGCCCUCCAAUACGUCAGGGACAACGCCUUUACAAACUCCUCCGGGAGCAGGCGCCUGCAAGGUGUUCCACAAAUGUUGAUCCUGCUAAAUGGUGGAAGGUCUUUUGACAAUGUAGAUACCCCAGCCUCUGCUCUCAAACAGCAGGGUGUCUAUGUGAUAGGCAUUGGCACAAGGAACUCUGACACUAGGGAGCUGCAGAAGAUAUCAUAUGACCCUAGUUCUGCUCUAUCAGUGUCUGAUUUCACUGACCUCCCCAGUGCCCAGGAACAGCUCUCCUCUGUAAUGAACACAGUGCUAACCAGGGCCACGCCCAUCACACCAACAAAAGCUGGUAAGAAAGUGACAGAUUUUUAUUUUCCAAGGUCAUGGUAGGAUGCAAAUUGAACAGUAUGACAGUGUAUUUAUUGUAGCUGAGGCAAGCCAGCAGCACUCUGAGAAUACAUUUGUUCCAGAUUAUACAGAGUACAUUGUUAAAUUCCAGGUUAGCUUUGGUCAUCUGACUUUCACAUGGAAAACAUUUGACACAUGAACCUGAACAUGUCUGACAUUUUUUAUUCCCUAGUGGAGAGACAGCCAGCAGGAAAAGAUAUUGUGUUCUUGUUGGAUGGAUCUGAUGGUACUAGAACUGGCUUCCCAGCUGUGAAAGACUUUGUCCAAAGAGUUGUAGAGACACUCAGUGUGGAUGACAACAAAGACCGUGUCUCAGUGGUUCAGUACAGCAAAGAGCCAGCUGCCCAAUUCUAUCUGAACACGUACACCACAAAAGGCGACAUCCUUGACACUGUCAGAGGAUUGAGGCACAAAGGUGGAAGACCCCUCAACACUGGAGCAGCUCUCCAGUACUUGAGGGAUAAUGUCUUCACGGCCUCUGCUGGAAGCAGGCUCCAGGAAGGAGUCCCACAGGUCCUAGUUUUGAUAAGUGGUGGAAGGUCUUUUGACAGUGUUGAUGCACCAGCCUCUGCUCUCAAAGAGCUGGGUGUCUUGACCUUUGCAAUUGGAACCAGGAGUGCUGAUAGCAAAGAACUGCAGAAGAUAUCCCACGACCCCAGCUAUGCACUAACUGUGUCUGAAUUCACUGACCUUCCCAAUGUCCAACAACAACUUCAGUCCUCCGUGGAGGCUGUGGUUAUCGAGGUCUCCCCAGAAUCACCACCUGUUCCUGUCGAUACUGCCAAAAAGGAUAUCGUUUUCCUCCUGGAUGGUUCUGAUGGCACACGGAAUGGCUUCCCUGCCAUGCUUGAUUUUGUUAAGAGAGUGGUGGAGAAAUUGAAUGUAGGACCUAACAAUGACCGUGUCUCUGUGGUCCAAUACAGCAGAGAUGCAGAGAUCCAUUUCUAUCUGAACACAUACACCACAAGACAGGAUAUUUUGGAUACAGUCAGAGGGCUGAGACAUAGAGGAGGCAGACCCCUCAACACCGGGGCGGCCCUCCAAUACGUCAGGGACAACGCCUUUACAAACUCCUCCGGGAGCAGGCGCCUGCAAGGUGUUCCACAAAUGUUGAUCCUGCUAAAUGGUGGAAGGUCUUUUGACAAUGUAGAUACCCCAGCCUCUGCUCUCAAACAGCAGGGUGUCUAUGUGAUAGGCAUUGGCACAAGGAACUCUGACACUAGGGAGCUGCAGAAGAUAUCAUAUGACCCUAGUUCUGCUCUAUCAGUGUCUGAUUUCACUGACCUCCCCAGUGCCCAGGAACAGCUCUCCUCUGUAAUGAACACAGUGCUAACCAGGGCCACGCCCAUCACACCAACAAAAGCUGGUAAGAAAGUGACAGAUUUUUAUUUUCCAAGGUCAUGGUAGGAUGCAAAUUGAACAGUAUGACAGUGUAUUUAUUGUAGCUGAGGCAAGCCAGCAGCACUCUGAGAAUACAUUUGUUCCAGAUUAUACAGAGUACAUUGUUAAAUUCCAGGUUAGCUUUGGUCAUCUGACUUUCACAUGGAAAACAUUUGACACAUGAACCUGAACAUGUCUGACAUUUUUUAUUCCCUAGUGGAGAGACAGCCAGCAGGAAAAGAUAUUGUGUUCUUGUUGGAUGGAUCUGAUGGUACUAGAACUGGCUUCCCAGCUGUGAAAGACUUUGUCCAAAGAGUUGUAGAGACACUCAGUGUGGAUGACAACAAAGACCGUGUCUCAGUGGUUCAGUACAGCAAAGAGCCAGCUGCCCAAUUCUAUCUGAACACGUACACCACAAAAGGCGACAUCCUUGACACUGUCAGAGGAUUGAGGCACAAAGGUGGAAGACCCCUCAACACUGGAGCAGCUCUCCAGUACUUGAGGGAUAAUGUCUUCACGGCCUCUGCUGGAAGCAGGCUCCAGGAAGGAGUCCCACAGGUCCUAGUUUUGAUAAGUGGUGGAAGGUCUUUUGACAGUGUUGAUGCACCAGCCUCUGCUCUCAAAGAGCUGGGUGUCUUGACCUUUGCAAUUGGAACCAGGAGUGCUGAUAGCAAAGAACUGCAGAAGAUAUCCCACGACCCCAGC